GAAAUUAUUUUCCGUCGCUGUGUCAUCCAACCCAUAGAAAUUGGACUAUUUUUAUAUUAAAAUUGCUAUUUAAUCAAGUUUUAUCAACAAAUUCAUCAUGUCCAGAGGAGGAGAGAGACCAAACCAAGCGCAGACAUAUAAAUUAGUAGUGGUCGGCGGCGGCGGUGUAGGGAAAAGUGCGAUCACAAUACAGUUCAUUCAGAGCUACUUCGUGACAGAUUAUGACCCGACCAUUGAGGACAGUUACACAAAACAGUGUGUCAUCGAUGAUGUGCCCGCUAAAUUGGACAUCCUGGACACGGCGGGGCAGGAGGAGUUCAGCGCGAUGCGCGAGCAGUACAUGCGCUCGGGCGAGGGCUUCCUGCUCGUGUUCUCCGUGUGCGACCGCGCCAGCUUCGACGAGCUGUACAAGUUCCACCGCCAGAUACUCAGGGUGAAGGAUAGAGAUGAGUUCCCUAUGCUGAUGGUGGGGAAUAAGGCGGAUUUGGAGACGCAGCGGGCGGUGACGCUAGAAGAGGCGCAGGCGCUGUCGCGGCAGCUGAAGGUGCCGUACAUCGAGUGCAGCGCCAAGGCCAGGAUGAACGUGGACCAGGCCUUCCAUGAGCUCGUCAGGCUAGUGCGUAAGUUCCAAGAAGCCGAGCGGAUCCACGUGAAGAACUCCGACAGCGGGCGCAAGAAGAAGCGCUGCGCCAUACUGUAACGCAGUGGGGAGACACAACCUGUCGCGAGCUUUAACCUGUACGUAGCCUUGUUAGUCCUUGUGAAGUGUGACGUUCAUGAAUAUUUUCCACUGUAAAGUCUGUUUUUAGGCCUAGUUCCAUCAUAGUCUGUUAGAUCAUUAACACCCCUGUUACAUUGUAAUGUCAUC